AUGAAGGGAAACAAACUUCUUGCAGGAAACUGGAAGAUGAGUUCGUCGUUACAAACUUUUGAGAUAAUUAAAAGCUUCCGAGCGAAUCUCUUUGCCGGAAACGAUACGUUUAUUGCCGUUCCGUUUCCUUAUAUUCAUGUCGCGAAGAAGAUGUUUCCUGAGUACAUCAAGGUUGGAGCGCAGGAUUGCAGUCAGUUUAAAAGUGGCCCGUACACAGGUGAAGUCUCUGCAUCCAUGGUGAGCGAGAUGGGUGCUGAGUAUGUGAUAAUCGGCCAUUCUGAAAGACGUAGGUGGUUUGGAGAGACGUCUGCGACUGUAGUAAAAAAGAUUAGGAAUGCUCGGAGUGAGGGCCUGAAGAUUGUUGUGUGCAUUGGGGAAGACGAGAAAUGCAGGGAGGACGGAAGGCACUUGGAUGUAAUAAAGGACCAGUUACUGUCUCUGGGAGAGGAGAUUGGGGGAGAAGGCAUUGACAUUGCAUAUGAGCCUGUAUGGGCUAUAGGAACGGGGAAGGUUCCCACCAAUGAUCAGAUCAGAGAGGUGGUUUCUGGGAUUAAGAGAUGGGGUACGGGCAUGGGGUUUGUUGGGCGUGUGAUAUAUGGGGGGUCUGUCUCGAUGUUGAACUGCCAAACUAUCCUCGAUGUAGAGGAAAUAGAUGGUUUCUUGAUUGGCGGAACCUCGUUGAAAAUGGACUUUUGUAUGAUUUCAAGUGAGAUGAGUACGAAGACGUGA